UGCAGUAUAUGAAUGCUUAUAAUAAUUUUAUGAGCAACUCAUAACAAAGAAAUAGUUGAUAUGUUCGAAAACUUGAAUCCAAAACCAUUACUGCCAACACGUGUUGCACGUUUAGAGGAACUAUUAUUAGGCAAGACAACGUAUUCGCUACAACCGGAAAAGUUUGUUAACUAUGUUCUUAAUUCGUAUGGAUUCUACAAAAAACAAGAAACAUUUCCAUUCGAUAUAUGGAAUAUAGAUAAUCAAGCAAUUAUGCAUUUAUAUCGAGCUGGAAUUAAACAAAGACGUCAGUUACACAUACAAAAUGUAAAACAUACUUGGUGGAGACCGAAAUCAGUAAGGAGAAGCUCUGGAAGAAUAGGUUACACCUAUAAACCACAAAGUGCUCAAGAAAAAGUAAUUUCAUCAACUAAAUCCGAAAUUACAGGUCAAACAGAAAGUAGCAUUGAUUUUGAACCAAUAAGAAGAAUUCAAACCCUUGCUGAAAAUGUUCGAGAUGAAUCGAUUAGCUUAGAUGAAGUUCGACCAAUACUACGUAAGAUAUCACAAGAAAUGGUUCAUGGGGUUAUUGAAGGAAGUGAGGAGAAAAGUUCAAAGUUUUUGGAAAUACUAGAACAAAAUCAACAAGUUACUUUGAUUGGAGAGGAAAUGAAAAGUAAUAUAUCUGAACCAAACUAUGGAGAACAAGUAAAUCGACAAAAUUCAAUUUUAAGUGAAAUCUCUGCAAAAGAAUUAGCUGAAGUAUUUUUAAAUGAUUUAACUGAUAAUGUAUCCGUAUAUUUGGAAGAUAUUUUAGAUGAACUAUUACAAAACAAUAAUAAUGAUGAUAAUAAAGAUCUUCAAUCAUAAUGAUCAUAAUAAGUGAAAUAAUAAUUAUGUAACAUAUCAAUUAAACGAAAUGAAAUAAUCAAUUUGGAAGAGAUAUGUUUUUUUAAGUUUGAGAAUAAAGUAUUAUUAACUGAA